AUGCAGUCAAGCUCGCAAUCUCCUGGUUCUGGUCUUGAACUGCAGAAGCAACUUAAGUCGUUGGUGCGAGUGAAUAGAAUGAAGAUGAUGAAGCUAGAGAGACUUAAAAGAUACAACGAAAGACUAAAGGAAAGUCUACAAAUCGAUAGGAUCAAGGCCAGCAAUUCAUCACUCAUAAUAAUUGAUUACACAGAGAGAACGAAAGAUUUUCUGCUACCAUCAAUUUGGGGAAAGCCUGAAAUGAACAGGUUUAAUGCACCAAAGAAAACGAGGCCAAAACAAAGUAGCCAAUGUUGUGUCAUAAUGUGA